UUUGGCACGCCAUUAACAUUGAGAUGAGGUGCACGAACGUCUGGAUAGUGGCCCUGUUGGCGUGUGUUGGGGUUUCGCAGGCGGCCAACAUUCUCUUCAUGUCCGGAGUUCCCUCGCCAAGUCACUAUAUAUGGCUGCGACCAUUGAUCAACGAGAUGGGCAGACGGGGUCACAACGUUACCGUGCUUAGUGCCGAUAUAGAAAAGCAUCCGCCGGCGAAUGUAACUUACGUUCAUCUGGAAAACUUCUACAGCCAUAUGUACAACACUUCGAUGAAGCAAAAACUUGAUUUCUUCAAUAUGGCCAACGAAAGUCCUGUAAAGAUGUUGAAUCUGUUAGACGAGUUCGGUCUGGAUCUGUGUGAAGCAGCCCUCAAAUCGGAGGGAAUGCACUCUGUGCUCGAUUACCCGAAGGACUUCAAAUUCCAUCUGUUUGUGAGUGACUUCAUGAUUGGACCGUGCAUCCCCUCGAUAAUACUGCACCGGUUCAAAGGUUUGCCAUACAUUCCGUCCUCUCCGUACAAUGCGCCAUCGACGGCAGCGGCCGUUCUAGGGGCCUACGCGUACUCCGGUCUCGUACCGAACCACGUGUACGAUGCACCGGAAGAGAUGAGCUUCCUGCAGCGCGUCAAGAACCUGUACUACGAUCUGUACGAGAUGAUCCUGCACGAGACGUUUCUACACCCGGAGGCGGACCGUAUACUGCGCAAGCUCUAUCCGGAUGCACCGAGCACGACGUCGUUCUACCGGAAUGUUCGACUGUCCUUAAUCAACGUUAAUCCCGUCAUCCAGUACAAGGAACCGAUGAUGCCGAACAUGAUAUCGGUUGGUGGACUGCAGAUCCAGAAACCGAAACCCUUGCCAGCGGAUCUACGGCAGGUGGUUGACGGAGCAACCAAUGGGUUUAUUCUGUUUUCCCUUGGUAGCAACGCCCGCAGCGAUCUGCUCGGUCCGGAGCGAAUCAUGAACAUAAUGACCGCGAUGGAGCGGUUGCCUCAGUAUCGGUUUUUGUGGAAGUUCGAAUCGGAUGAAUCGAAGCUACCGAUGGCAGUGCCGAAGAACGUGUACAUUCGUGCCUGGAUGCCCCAGAACGAUCUGCUCGCACAUCCAAACAUCAAACUGUUUAUCACUCACAGUGGGCUGCUGAGCACACAGGAGGCCAUCUGGAACGGGGUGCCAAUCAUCGGGUUUCCCGUGUUUGCCGAUCAGUUCCGGAAUAUCAACUACUGCGUCGAUGCCGGCAUCGGAAAGCGGCUCUCAAUACAAAACUUUCAGGCGGCACAACUAGUAGCGGCCAUCAAGGAGGUCUUGGGCGAGCCCAAGUAUGCCAAGCGGAUGGCCCACGUUUCACAUCUUUUCCGCGAUCAACCGGAAAGUCCGCUCGAACGGGCAGCAUGGUGGUGCGAGUGGGUUCUGCGAAAUCCGGACUCGGAUUUGCUGCAAUCGCGUGCCGUCCAUAUGAGUUGGUUCAGAAAGUAUUCCUACGACGUGAUCUUGUUUGUGCUCGCGGUAGUUUUGCUACUCACGAUUGCCGUCUGGAAGGUGGCUGCUAUUGUUAGUAAACUGCAGGUCGGACGGAGCGCGAAAUCAAAAGGUGAUUAAUGAGUCACACACCAUAUUAGGAGUAUACACAUAGCAUGUAGAUACUGAAGAGUACAAGAUCUGCAGGACGCAAUCGCAUAGGAUUAAUGACAAUAAAAGAAACAUUCCCUGUUACACGCUUGCAGCUGUUUACAGAAUCACAUAAUCCAACGCGUUGGAAGACAUAUUACCUCGUGUACAGGUAGAAGGAC